UCAAACCCGCAGCCUCUAUUCCAAUCUACAAACAAUCUACAUCACUUUCUAACCCGUAUUCCACGUGGCGAGUCGACGUCUUCAAGAAAAAUUACAAACCAGUAGCGCGCAAGAUCCGACCGGUCCUAGGGAGUCUCCCUGAGCAGUUUCGAAUUGUCAGGGAGAUUCACGGCGACCCACUUGACACCCUUCCAACUCUCGCCCCGAUUCCUCCCCCGUUCCUUCCCAUUGGUCGUUACACCACUGAACGACGCAACAUCAUUGACUCCCUUCAUCCCGAGGGAUUUCUAUGGCCAGAGGAGCGUCGCUUGA